CCUCCCUCCGUCCCAUCAGCUUCCUGCAGAGGGCUUAUAGUGCUGUAUCUGUGCAGCGUGGAGCAAUGUGGACAUUUGUCUCUUCCUCAAUUACUAUCUUACAGACUUCCUUUUCAACUGUCUGACUGUCUCUCCUUCUCUCCUUCUCUCUAUAACUAGUCAGUCCUUUCACGAGGAACAAAAUCUGGAUUUCUGUGGCUAUUUUAUUCCGCUCUACCCUGUGCCUCUCCUCCCAGCUGUGACACCACUCUGCCUCUUGCAGGGAGCUUAUUCUAAGCCUGCACCACUGGACACAGGCUAAGAAGUUCCGUAGAAACGGGAAGAACAGAUUCAACAGGAUGAGAGCAUUACAGCUAAUGAUCUUUGUUCUCUGCCACAUCAUGGGACACUCAAAUCCACUGAAUUACCCAACUUGUGAACCAAUGGGCAUAGAAAACAUUACAGUGACAACGGACAGCACCAGCCGGGGCUGCUUAAGUCAGGGGUCUAAGAAGCAGGUCUAUGUGCUAAAUAUCCAGACAAAUAUGCAAGUGGAUCUGGAAGUAAGAAGAAUGGGGCAGUCCCAAAUACAAGAUAACAACUGGGUUCUGAUUAUUAACACCAACUCGUUUUUUGUCAGUCUUCAUGUUACUGAACCCAAUCUUCCACUAGUUCUUCAUUAUUCAGAACCCACUAUUGUAGAAAAGAUGCCGAAAGAACUAUCUUGCAGUGAGACUCGAGAGCCUUGGAUGGAUGACAGUGAAAAACUUUUGCAAUGGGCUCAGACCAAAUAUGGGGAUGUCACAUUUUUUGGAGAACUAGAACAACCAGGGAAAGUUUACUUAAACAUGGGAAAGGCUUUCAGUUGCAGCGCUGAUUCCUGUAUCUUGCAGAAUGGUUUCAGAACGAUGGGAAUUAUGCAGUAUGAACUUCAAGAAUCACAAAUCCAGAGCUGUAAAGUUAAUACCCCCGACAAUGCUGAUAAAAAAUAUGCUUACAUUAUGCACGUGACCCACCCAUUUAAUUCUCAAACAAGCUGUGCCAAAGAGGAUUCUAGGUCUAAACACAUACAAGUGACAUUAGCAACAGACCAGGAAUGUGAGGAAAAGCCCCUUCUGUUGCUUAAAGGUGAAGAAGACUACCAUUGGGAUGUCAUGUUGAAAAGUGACUUCCGUAUUGAGACAUCUGGUAGUUACACACUCCUUACUAUGGAUGCAUCCAUACAGGGGACACUGCUUGCUGACACCAGGGAGGGUCUGAUCCAGGCAGCAAAAAAUAGAGGAGCCAAUACUAUAGUGUAUCUAACAGUUCCAAAUGCUGUUUUUAUAACCCAGUCUUUUCCAUGUGAACUUACUACAAAGGGGACACCCACAACCCCCCCCGUUUCACCUGUAGAAAAAUGUUACGAGGCAGUGAAGUCUGAGAAAGUGGUCAGAUGCACUGAUAAAUACCUGACAAUACUGUUGCAUGAGCAUAUACUGGAGGUUUGUGGUUCUUUGCCUGUUAUUACAUUGAAAGACUGCCAAGAUGAAAUCAAAGGAGAUCCCAAGUUAUGGGUCACAUCAUUGGAGAAAUGCAAAAUUGAUAAAGCCGGUGAUUAUUUUUACUCUGAGCUGGUUCACAAAGUGGAUAUGUUCCCAUUUGAACUUCCAGAUUUGUUGUCAUGCAAACCUGUCCAGGUCCAAAUGUUGAUGUCACACAGUGCUGAUUUCUCCCAGACUACCAGCAACUUACACUUUGGUGAAGAUAUCCAUGUGCAGGUGACCAUCAAAGAGCCUUUUUUGCUUCUUGAUGAGUGUUUUUUGGAAGUGGAUGAAAAAAUGCAGAGAGUCAAAGAGACUACAUUUGUUGCCAAUAGUCUUAUCUGGAACUUCAGCACUGAGCUUCAUUCUACAAGUGGUGGAAGGCUGACCUGUAUCUUCUGUGUUAACAACCAACCGGCUUGCGAGUACUAUGACCAACUGCGGAGCUCUUUGGACGUGACCAUUGAUGGACCAAUAGAUCAGAACCCAGGUCUCAGCAUGCCGUCUGUACUGGGAAUAACCUUUGGGGUGUUCAUGAUUGGAGCGCUGCUUACAGCUGCCUUGUGGUGCAUGUACACACGCACACGUUUGUCCUUUAAGAUGCAGUCAGUAUCUACAGCAGCUGGAGGUUCUGAAAGCAGCAGCACCAACCAUAGCAUCGACAGUACCCAGAGUACUCCAUGUUCGAGCAGCAGCAGAGCAUAACAAAGACAACCCCACCUCCUCCACCCAUUCUAUGAUUGAGAAGAUCCAACGAUCAGAGGAAGAGCGAUGAUAUACACCGCUGUUCUAACCAAACAAGGCCUCACACAGAUCUCUACUGUAAACAGACCAAAACAGGAUAUGUCCCCUUUCCUACACUGGUCCUUGUAAAGACAGUAUUAAUGGAAAACUUGCAAAAAAAGGGAAGAAGAAGAGAUGGUUGUAGGCACAUGUUUCAGAGACAAGGAAGAGGUCUUCACUGCAACCUAAGCACUGCACCAAUAAACGAAUGUUGUUUCGGUGCCAUGUAAGAAUGACGACUUCUGGGCAUUGAUCAUUUGCACUUGCCUUACGCAGACUACAGUAGCCAUGCAUGAGACCAGAACCCAGUGAAUGUUUUGCCACUGGUUAAUAACUUAUCGGUUUGGAAAACUAAAAGCAUUACUCACCAUUUGUUCACAUUAUUGUAUCCUUUUUCUGAGUUGCUUUUGAACCCAUGAAUCUGUGAACCCAUGAAGUAUUUGGAAUAUACAUAUCCUUAAACAUGCAAUACUGUCUUGCUGCAGUUAGGCUGAUUCCCCAUCAGAAUCUCUGCAGCUUUAAAAAUGUAUAUAUCUUGAAAACCCAAGCAGAUCCUUGCACAUGCCAAUGGCUAAUAUAAGCUAUAUAUUUUAAAAACAAACUACAUUUGUGCACAAAAACCCUCAUGUACAAAUCCCAGGGGUGCCACUGCUGGAACCCUACAGGGAAUGAAUUGACACCCCUUUGGACUGAUCCAUGGAGCACCCAAUGUGUUUGUACUUUUCUCAUGAAUACAGUAAUGCUUGUUAUUAGUCAGAGCUGUAUUCAUUAGUUACAUUACAUGGGUUGCCCAAAACCCAAAACAGGGCAGGUGCAAAGCACACCCUGCAACCUAUGUUGGGCAAUGGGGGGGGACAAGGGCCCAGACUGGGGGCAGGAGACAGAAGAGGUACAUAAUUAGCUCCCCCUUAUAGAUGCACUAGAGUGCCCAGGGGUGUUCCUGGCUCCUGCAAUGCCGCCUCCCCCAAUGCUUACCUUUACACUGCCAGCCGGGGUCCCGGAUGGGCCGAUUCGCUAGUGUAGACAUUGCAAUUGCACUUUCUGCACUUGCAUAGCCAAAUUUCCGUUUUAUAAAACAGAAAUUCAGCUCUUAAAGUUACCAGGAGUGGCUAUUUACUACCCCUGGUAACUUUGGGGCAUUGCCGCCUUAGGCGAGUUUUUCAUCCCGCCUCAUGGCAGCAGCACCACUGCAUGUGCUUCUUCUGCAUGUGCUUCUUCUGGCUGUUUGCACGAUGCCCUGUGCUUCAUAAAUGAGGCCCAGUUCCUUUAUCAGCUUCCUAAGGACCACUAUAAAAUGCAAUUCUUCCAUUUAAUGGGAAUCAUUCUAAAAAAAAAAAAAUCUGCUUUGUGCUAUCACAAAUGAAUAGGCAGUGGUUUUCAUGGUCAUAUUCAGAAGAAUUGUAUUGUACUUACAUUUUUUUAAGUGGGCUCUGGCUCCUGCAGCUGUCUCCCAAGUAAGAGAGGAGGCGCUCCAAGAACAAAUACAAACAUGAAGUUUUGUUCUAUAAAAACACUGCCUAAUAUUUGUGCAUGUUAAAAUAUUUUCUUUUAUAAAAGAAUGGCAUUUAGUAUCAAUUUGAAUAUUUAAAAAAAAAAAGUUCAAAUCUUUUAAAAUUAGAGUCCAAACUUAAUUAUUUUAUGUAAGCCUUCUGCAUAACUGGGUUAAACUACAGCAGAGACUUCUCAAACUGAAAUAUGGCAAAUUGGCGACAAACUCCACCUUCAGUAUAUGAAGAGGGAUGCUAUUUCCAUGCUUUGAGGGAUACAAGGAGUUGUAUGAAAGCCUGACUUGCUGCAUGUUCCAAACAUGUAGCGUAUUGCUGAUUCCUGCGUAGGAACAGCAUUUUAGAGUUUUCUCUAUGAAUAUCUGGUGCAGUCUGAUGUUCUCAGAAGGUUGCCAGUGUAGCUUAGCCAUGCUGAACUGAUUAAAUAGGAAAAUUAAAAUGAACAUUUAGUAUAAUGUAUGUUUUUAUAUGUUCAAGGAUAAGUAAACCUUUAAAUAAGUUGAUUUAAAAUGAAUGAGUGUCCUAUUCUAAGCACUUUUGCCAUUUACAUUUAUUAUUUUUUUUUUUUUUAUAAUUCUAAGAUAUUAAGGGUUAAAGUACUGUUAAAUUAUUCACCUGUUGGCGAGUUUCAGAACAUGAAGUAGUCAAGGAAGCUGUCAGAAGAUAGAGGUUUGGUCUGGUAUUCUCUGGUUAGGAAAGAUGUGCAAAAUGUUAUCGGAUGUUUCUAAUGUUUUUCCUAACCAGAGGAACAUCAGAUGAUUUCUGACCUCAUGUUCAGAAAGUGACCAACAGGUGGCGCUCUUGUAAUAAAAUGCAUUCAUAUAUUAAUAUUAUUUUAACCCCUUAUAUCUUGGAUUUUAAAAAAUGAAUGAAUUUAAAUUGCAAAAGUUCUAAGAACAGCUCACUCAUCAAUUUUACAUCAGCUAAUUUUAGAGGUUUACUAAUCCCUUCAGAGAUAACAGGCUUCUACCGCAUGGGCUAAAUCUCAGCCUCAAUGCUUGUAGGCACACGGAGUGCAUUUUGGUGGCAUACUGCAUAUUUUCAUGUUUCACCACCAAAAUCCGCUCCAUAUACUAUUAUAAGUACUAUCACCAGGACCCAGUGUCAUGGGGUUGGCAAAUUGUUUCACCGGUAUUGCUGUAUUUUUGGAGCAAAUUCAGAUCAAAAAUACUUUUUAAAAAAAAACUAUAAAAAACAAAGUUAAAGGAGAAAUAAAAGUAAAGCCCCUGGGGGAUGACAAGUUGUCAUGAGCACUCUGCUGCCAUCUUCUGUGUGGUAUGUAACUUCUACUAAAAUACAUGUACUACACAUGUGCUAUCCUAGAAAUGGCACAGGUGACCCACUGGGAAAACAAAAGAAUACGGCACUCAGGAAACAUAACCACAGUGCUGAACAACUUAAUUUUACUUCUCUUUAAAGAAGAAGUAAUCAGCGCCGGAUUUCAAAUUCAGCCGCCCCUAGGCCGCCCCCCAUUCACGCCCCCUGUGCAUGCACAAACAAACACCCCUCCCCCCGUGCCGCGCCGACGCAAGCGCACAUGCGCAGGCAUUUAACUCCCAUACGGAGCAGUGGGGAGAAAUCCUCAUUGCUCCGUCUGGGAGCAAAAUGUCAAAAUUUUGUUGCGGCAGGGCGGCAUGCCACCCCUAAAUUUGUGCCGCCCUAGGCCCGGGCCUUUGUAGCCUCGCCACAAAUCUGGGCCUGGAAGUAAUAUAGAUACUAUAAUUCUCCAGGGCUCAUAAAUUUUUAAGGGAAAUUCCCCUUAAUCAGCAUGGUCUCUGCAGUUAAUUCUACAGACAUUCUUGGGGAGAGGGAUGUUGCUGAGCAUAACUGCAGAGAUUUGGGUCAGCCUCUUUGGUUUUUUGUUUGUUCUUUUUUUUUUACUGGAAACUAGUGGUUGUAUAUAUUUAUUAUGGACUGUUGUAUUAUUUUGUAAGGUUGUAGAAAAUAUAUUUCCAAGAAAUUAGUAGUGUACACAUAUUUAUAUAUAUAUAUUGUUUAUUAUCUAACAUUGCACAAGUGUCAUAUAUAUAAUAUGUAUAUGUAAAUAUAUAUUGUGGUGGUUAAACCAA